AACCCACCACCACUCGAACACUCGAGUUAUAGACUCCACCCUUUAUCGCCACAGAGGGAAGAACGUUAAAGAAAAGAUCAAAUCUUUGAGCAGUUCUCCGAUCGGCGGGCCGUGCAACAAGCACCCAGUGGCCUAUCUCGCAGGCCUCUGUGGGUUGCUGUUGUUGCCACCUCCUCUUCUUCUUCUUCUUCAUCUUCUUCAGCAGGGAGAGAAGCCACCUGCUUCUUCGAGUGACCUGAAAGGGUUGGUCAAGAGAAGGUGGGCAAGAGGGAGAUUUCCAAGAGUCUCUGCGUGGCAAGGAGUUCGAGCUCGCUCGCUGAGUCUGCGCGGGAACCGGUGAAUAAAUCUUCCUCUUAUCUUAUAUCCAAGAGAUGUCACCUUCUCUUAGCAAGAGCAUACCUCUGCCUCCCGCCUUCAGAAUCGACGAUGAGGUCAGAGCUGCCGAGAAGCAGGGAAUUGUCUUUAUUCUCGGGUCAGACUGCGAGAGACCCAAGAAUGCUUCCCUUCGCAGGACGCUCUCUGCUGAUAUGUCGUCCAAGAAGUGGCUUGCCCAAAAUGGUUUCUCUCCAAUAAAGAAGAUUGCCUCCUCUGCAGAGCUUCUGGCCUCGAUCGCCGAUUCAUCUUCUUCCUCAAAAGAAGAAGACGACGAUACGCAGAAGGAUGGUGAAGGGAGAGGCCAGCUUGACAUUUGGAACUCCAUCCAGGAAGCGAAGAAACAGGAAGGCGAGAAGUGCACUUGGGGCUUAAUUCUGUCUCACAAGCCUGAGGAUUCGAAGUCCCUCCCCCCGCCUUAUGUUCACCCUCUGGUGAAGAGAUCCACGAGCUCUUUGAACGAGCAGAGCCUCCAGAUUUGCACCGAGAGCCUUGGAUCCGAGACUGGCUCCGAUGGGUUCUCCUCGUACCCGCCAUCAGAAGUCGGAGACAUGGAAGAUGGAAAGGCAGAAGAGCACGAGCCACUUCAACAAGAGGUGAUGCCAUCACAGGGUUUUGACAUGGAAGACUUCGGUGUAGUCAAGUACAGUUACACCGCUAGUAGGAAGAUCCGACCUCGAUCUUUCCCUCCCCCUCUACCUUCCCUGUCUCGACAAGAUGGGGCGUCCCUCUCGGUGCACUCUCGCCGUGACAAUGGACGGCUAGUGCUCGAAGCUGUCUCCAUUUCGUCCGAGAAAAAAUUUCAAGCCCAACGCGAAGAUGGCAGACUCAUUCUUACAUUUGUGAACAGUGUUUCCUCUGGUGAAGAAAUCUAUGAUGGAGAGGAAGUAGAUGAUGAAGAGACUGAGAACAUAUUGAUGGAGUCGGAUGAAGAUGUUGAGAGUUUCGAUGGAAAUAGCGACGGAGAAGAGGAAGAAAGUGAAGAGGAGGAUGAAGAGAAGGAGAAGCAAGGGGAGGCAGACGAACUUGACUUUGCAAGAGUUGGUAACGGUCGUGGCGCUAGGGAGAUGGAGUUUGUCAUGGACCAAACACCCAAUAUGUCAAGUGGAGUGAUAAAUGUCCAUAAGCUUGCACUCCUGAUGAACAAGCCCAUCGGUCCACCUAACAAAGUGGCGAACUACGAUGAGGAGGAAGAUGAGGCACUCCCACUUGAGGAAUCACUCCCCUUGCGGGCUCCAAUGGCUAGGAUGCUAUCGACGCAAUCGCUGUCGCCCCAAUCGGCGCCAGCGGUGGCUUCCUUCAAUGCGUACGAGUACUUUUGGCGUUCCAAGCCCACGAGCGCUGCCAUCAGUAGCCCAGAACUGCAGUUUCUGUUACAGAAGAAUAAGAACUCGAUGCUGAAUGAGCCACGGGAAGCGGUGCUUGUGAAAGGGAAUGAGGCUUAUUACUUGGACCCUUUGUUGAAGAGCUGCAACAAGCCUAGGAGCACUCUAUUUCUUCGGGAGCCCAAGUGCAUUGCCACAUCCUGAUAAAUCCCGCCAUACCAAGGGGGUGUGCGAGCUCGAGCGAGCGAGUCCACCAGUUAUUAUAGCCUUUUACUCUUUCAAGGUUUGCUUAGGCAAUAAAAGGAUGAGAAGAGGCAGACAGUACUUGGACUCAGGAUACUAAUGGAAAGAGAGCUCUUAACAGUGUGGUAUAUAAUUUAUAUUUGCCCUUUGGAAAGUUUAACAGAUAAAAGUGCUACUUAUAGUGUAUGCAAUCCGGUAGAGGAUCAUGUACUAUUUCGGGCUCAACUGCUUAAUAUAUGGUAAAAUUGUAGAGCCAUGCUUCUUGCCUUUUGCU